UUUAUCUGGUAUGUCCCUAACAUUCUGCAACUGGCUCGCUAUGGUCACACUUGAAGUUAGCACGUGGAAAAACAACUGUAGCAGCAUCGUGGGUGUAUAAAAAUAUAUAUUUCUUAAUUAAAUCGGCAUAUAUUCGGCAUAGAUAUGUCGAACCUGUAUGUGCUGUACGAGCAUGCGGCGGGCUUCUCGCUCUUCUCCGUCAAGGAGUUCGAGGAGGUGUCCAUGUUCCUGCCCCAGGUGGAGUCCUCGGUGACGGACCUCGCCAAGUUCAACUCCAUUGUUAAGCUGGCUGGAUUUGCGCCUUUCAAGACGGCCAUUGCCGCACUGGAGAACAUCAAUGCCAUUUCCGAGGGCAUUGUGCCGCAGGAUCUGCUCUCCUUCUUGGAUGACUUCUUCGCCAAGCUGAAGAAGAAGAAGUGCACCUUGGGUAUUGCGGAUGCCAAGCUGGGAGCUGCCAUCACCGAGGCCAUUGGCGUCCAGUGCAGUCACUUUGGAGUGGUUCCUGAGAUCCUGCGCGGCGUGCGAUUCCACUUCGCUAAGUUGGUCAAGGGAUUCACCGACAAGUCCGCUGGCGUUGCUCAGCUGGGUCUGGGCCACAGCUACUCGCGUGCCAAGGUCAAGUUCAAUGUUCAUCGUUCCGACAACAUGAUCAUCCAGUCGAUUGCACUGCUGGAUCAGCUGGAUAAGGACGUGAAUACCUUCUCCAUGCGGAUACGCGAGUGGUACUCGUAUCACUUCCCAGAACUGGUCAAAAUCGUUCCCGACAACUACAUGUUCGCCAAGGCGGCUAAGUUCAUCAAGGAUCGCAAGAACCUCACGCAAGACCAGCUGGAGGAUCUUGAGAAGAUCGUCAUGGACUCCGCCAAGGCUCAGGCUAUCAUUGAUGCCGCCAAGAUGUCCAUGGGCAUGGACAUCUCCAUUGUGGAUCUGAUGAACAUUGAGCUGUUCGCCGAGCGCGUUGUCAAGCUCUCCGAGUACCGAAAGAAACUGUCUACCUACUUGCACAACAAGAUGAACUUGGUGGCGCCCAAUCUACAGUCUUUGAUUGGUGACCAGGUCGGUGCCCGCCUGAUAUCGCAUGCCGGCAGCUUGACCAAUCUGGCCAAGUACCCAGCAUCUACAGUACAAAUCCUGGGUGCCGAGAAGGCGCUCUUCCGUGCUCUAAAGACCCGCUCCAAUACGCCCAAGUAUGGUCUUAUCUAUCAUUCUUCGUUCAUUGGUCGAGCUGGCCUGAAGAACAAGGGUCGCAUCUCUCGCUUCCUGGCCAACAAGUGCUCCAUCGCGUCGCGUAUCGAUUGCUUCCUGGAGCAGCCGACUAGCGUAUUUGGCGAAACUCUUAAGCAACAGGUCGAAGAUCGCCUCAAGUUCUACGAGUCCGGCGAUGUGCCGCGCAAGAACAUUGAGGUAAUGAAGGAGGCCAUCGAGGCAGCUGGCCAAGAGGCGGCAGUCACUGCACAGUCCGAGAAGAAGAAGAAAAAGAAGAAGCGGGCGGCUGAUGACGAGGGCGAGACGAAUGGCGCCAGCAAUGGAAACGGAGCAGCCGCCGAGGCGGAGAAUGGCAAUGGCAACGAUGAUGGAGAGCCAAAGAAGAAGAAGAAAAAGAAGAACAAAAACAAGGAAGCGGUGGAGGCGUAAAUGUCUCUGUUACAUUCAACUUAGUUUAAGUCCACACAAUUAUCUUUUACUUACAUUCUUCUUUUGUAUUUCCUUUGACCCUGAUGGAUCGCAUUUCAAAUAAUAAUAAACAUAUACUUUGGAGGGUAUUCCCACCGGAAUUUUA